ACUUCGAUAGCCAGAGGGCUCUGCAGUCGCAUGGCGCUUGAAGCUCGAUUUGAUCGGCUGAAACUUCGGGAAUCGUACAUUUGGAAACAGUUUGUUUUUAAAAGAUGUUUGCACAGAAUAAGAGAGACGAUGGGCCAGGUUUUGUAGGCAUUCGGUUUUGUCCUAGUUGUAACAACAUGUUGUACCCCAAGGAAGACAAGGAAAGUCGAGCACUACUGUAUGCAUGUCGAAAUUGUGACUUCAAAACACUAGCUGACAACCAUUGUGUGUACGUCAACAAAAUUAUGCACGACAUUGAUGAAUUGACCCAAAUAGUGGCUGAUGUCAUAUCAGAUCCCACUCUUCCAAGAACUGAGGAUCACCCAUGUCCCAAAUGCACUCACAGAGAAGCUGUCUUUUUCCAAUCUCAGUCACGGCGUGCAGAAGAAGAAAUGAGACUUUAUUAUGUAUGCAAAUUUGCCAGCCCUCAGUCGAAAAGGCAUUGGUAACAAAAGACAUGCCCG